GAAAGGUUAAGCUUGAAAGAAUGCAGAAGGUACGUAUCUCACUUUGCAUUACCUUUCGGUGCUCGUAUUUUGCUACAGAACGCAACAUGUUCUAUGGCGUAUAGCUUCAAGAUCUUGCCAGUGCCAUGUUGGAGUUGUGGAAUCUGAUGGAUAUCCCGAGCGAAGAACAGCAGCAGUUCCAGAGUGUGGCGUGUAAUAUAGCUGCAUCGGAGCAAGAAUUUACAGAACUGAAUUCUCUGUCGCUGGAGUUCAUCAAUCAUGUACAAGCAGAGGUUUUAAGACUGGAACAACUAAAAGCUAGCAGGAUCGAGGAGCUAAUUCUGAAAAAGAAAACUGAACUACACGAAAUCCAUCUGAAAACACAUCUGAUUGCUGAAUCACAAGAACCAGACCUCGAUAUCGAUGAUGUUCAAGCAGGUAAGAGUAUCAUGAGUAUACCAAUUAGGCCUUUUACUAACAAGCACAUUUUAAGAAAGAACUUACGAAACAAAGAGAAGUGUUAUCUUUUUGCUGCAGGAGCUAUUGAUGCAUCUUCGGUGUUAGAACAGCUAGAAGUCCAAAUCUCGGCUGCUAAAGAGGAAGCUUUCAGCAGGAAAGAUGUUCUUGAAAGAGUAGAGAAAUGGUUGGCUGUGUGCGAAGAGGAGAACUGGUUGGAAGAGUACAAUAGGGAUGGGAACCGCUACGGUGCAGGAAAAGGUGCUCACCUGAUGCUUAGGCGUGCUGAAAAGGCACGAACUUUAGUAAGCAAAAUCCCAGGUUAGCAUUCUGUACCAAUGCAAGCUCUCAAUGCAAGUAAAUGAAUCCAAUGCAUUCCCCUGUUAUUUUUACAUAUCGAGCAGCAAUGGUGGAUGCUCUGAUAAACAAAGUAACUGCAUGGGAGAAGGAAAGGGGCGAUGACUUCAUUUAUGACGGUGUAAGCAUUUAGAAUGCCAAUGCUUCGUGGACAUUCUAUAAGAUAACAAUAUGAACAAUUGAAGUCUUUCUUUUGCAGCUCUCUUUGCUGUCAAUGCUGGAAGACUACACCAUUAUGAGCCAAGAGAAAGAGCAAGAACGCAAAAGGAAAAGAGUAAUGGCAUUAAGACUUAACUGAAUUAGAGGCACUAUACUGUUUUAAAAGGACUUGACACGAGAUGUCGGUGAUUCAGGAUCAGAAGAAGCUUCAGGAA